UUCCAAUGUCUCGCGAUUACCAGGAAGUAAACAAUCCAGUCAGUUUUGUAGCGAGAGACGUACCAGAGUAUUUUUGUUUACUGUCUGUAUUUAAAAUGCCUUUACUUUGUGGCGGAACAACUGAGGCAAAAGAUGCCGAUGAAGAAGUGCAGAAAAUAUGCGAUGAGAUGAAGUCUCACGCCGAGGGUAAAGCUGGGCGCAAGUUUGACGUUUUCAUCGCCAAAUCUUAUAAAACACAACUUGUUGCGGGGACAAAUUACUUUGUUAAGGUGCAUGUAGGUGGGGAUGAGUACGUUCAUCUACGUGUCUAUAAAACUCUGCCCCAUGCUGGAGAAAAACUGGAGCUGACCGCCAUACAGGCAUCCAAGGCUCAUCAUGAUCCUAUUGAAUACUUCUGAAGCAAACCAAGCAAUCAUAAAUGCUGCCUAAAAUACUCAUGCAGCUCAAUGUUACCAUUUUUACAUUAACACCUGGAGAUAACUGUUAACUCAUUUAUUACAUGCAACAAAACUGUAUUACAAAACUGUAUUGAUUAGUGGGAUCAUGGGUAAAUACUACCAAUGAAACAGAGUGUGAUCAUUA